AUGUCUACAAAAUCAAAAUCAUCAUCUUCUUCUAAGCAAAAGCAUAGAUCGUCGAGCGAUGGCAAAGAGAAAAAGUCGAAGAAAAAAGAAAAAAAGAGGGUGAGGACACCAUCACCUGAGCCGGAGCCUGAGAAUGUCUAUGACGACGAUUUUGAAGAUUACGACGAUGAUUUUGAAGACGAUGAUGAAGACGUACCAAGUGCGACGGCGCCGAAAAUUGAAGAGAAAGAGAACGCCGGAGACGCGCGAAAAAUCACCAAUGAAAAAGAUGAGGAAAGCAUAAUGCUCAAACGGCUCUCCGAGCGCCAAAUGACUACAAAUGCGAUAGAGCCGAUACGACGGCAAAGCACAACGACAAUCGUUGCACCAAAUAUGUCAUUGAUAGACAAUAAGCCGAUAGUAUUAUACAAUGAAGAAGAGAGAAAGACAGCUGAGCAAAAGGCAAACGAGCGAAUGCAAAAAUUGCGGGGACUAAUAAGCAUUGAAAUAAGUAAAAGUGUGGUAUUUACCGACAUGUCUUCAAACAUUUUUGAGCCGUUUCAAGCUUUGCCGUCGAAUCUUUCUCAUGAUUUCUCCCAAACAGGCAUCGACAGCAAAUCCGAAGAAGCGCAAACCGAGAAAGCUGAUUCGGAAUGUCGCGGAACGCAAUUUCCACACAUUGAAUCCGAAAUGGACAACGCAAAGUUGCCGCGAGAAUCGACGGCCGAAGAUCGCGCGAGAUUCAAAAAAUUUUUCUUCGCUGCUACUCAGGUGAUUAGAGAAAUUCUCGCCAGUGAGGAAAUCAACAAUGAAGAGGAGGAAAUCGACGAAAAAAGCACAAAUCAGUUUUCAAGAGGAUUUAAUUCAUUCCAAUUAGGGGCUGUGGCACAACGAAGUAAAGCGACUUGUAUUGAAAAAGGUGAAUCUGACAGUGUACUGAUUGCAUUCGAAAUUUUCGAAUCUCCUGCACAAGACUUGAUGAAUAAAAGCUUGAUAGUCGAGUAUUACGUUCACAAAAAGAAACCGCCAAAACGACUUUUUGUUGUGGAAUCAAUAGUAGUUCAAAUGCAUUUAAGCAUCAAAGGCUCAACGUUGUACGUUUGUUUGAAAGACGGAACACUGUGCGCUUUUGAUCUUUCUUUAUCAGAUUCGGCUUUUGAUGAUUUUCUUCCCUGGGUUGACAGUGAAUCUGACAUUGCUCUUCGGCGCCCAGCCUUCGACUCAUCAUUUUUGGCUACAACAAUUUCUGAUGCAAGCCCAUUAGUUGGGCUAAACGUUUCUUCGACAUUAUCAGGCGAGGAAAUAGCAACAAUUGAUGCAUCUGGUACGAUUUCAUACUGGCUUGCCACAAGAAUAUCAAAAAAUGAGCUGAAUAUCCAAUUAACUGCUGUAAUUCGCCCCCAUCCAUCCUUAAAACGGCAUUCCACAACCAGCGCUGUCACCUGCUUUACAACAAUUCAUAGGCCAAUGCGAUUUUUUAUUGGAACUGAUACUGGAGUUUUGUAUAGUAUGCAAAGAAGUGAUACAUCUCAGCAAAUGCCGAAAAUAUACAAAACCGAGAGAGAUAAAUAUGGAGAAAUUAGCGCAAUUACAUCAUCCCGUCACGAUAAUUCUGUUAUCCUGGUAGGAUUUUCCAGCGGCGCAAUUGCCAUUUAUCGAACCAAUAAAACGUCACCAAUUGCAUAUCUACCGAAGACACAGGAAAGCACAAGAGUUACACAUUUACAGUGGUCUUGCAGCAAUUCCUCAGCGUUUUACAGUACUCACACUGGUCAUACUGUAAUAUACUGGGAUUUAAGCUAUGGGACGUCUCCACGAAGUAUAGACAAAUUAGACAAAAAGACAACCAUUCUAUCGGUAACCUCUUGGGAUAAUGAACACACAAAAGGCGUUAAAGGAAUUGCGUAUAUGGCACUUGCUCUAGAAAAUGGAACCGGCGAAGUCCACAUCCUUGAAACGCCAUCUCGUAAAGGAAAUGAUUCAUUAAUAUCAAUUUUGAACAAAUUAUAA